GUUUUUGCUUUAAAAUCUAUUCUGCAUGCCUGAAAUGGAAAUGUGCUCAUUUGGUUUCUCAUUUAUUUGUCUCUAGAUAAUUUUUCCCUGUGGAAUGCAAAGCUUCCAUGCCCUUUGCCCUGAAAGCCAGUGCCCUGCAGAAGACAAAGGCUGGUACCUGUCUGUCACCCCCUCGCUGUCACUGCUGCUGCACCAUCUACCUCGAGGAUGCCUUGACCUUGUUUAGCAGCUUUGGCUGUUUAAGAUGCCAGUCCCAAUGUCAGGAAUCCCUCUGGUGCAGGAGGCCUCCCAUUCUAAAUUUAUUCUCCUGGUUUAUGGUCCUAUCUCUGUGGCUGCAGCAGGAGGCCCCAUUUGUGACUCGGGUUACCCUUUGUGCACAGAGCUCCUCACAGGACCUGCUGCCAAGGUCCUGGCAGACUGGCUGCCACCAUGUGCUCUUUUGUUGCUGCUAGGUCAACUUUACUUCAUUGAUACAAUAGCAGGAGAUCCAGAGGUUCUGCAAGCAGAUGCUGAAACAUACUAUGAAAAACUCUUGGAGAAGUCAUUGUCCACUCCUGAUGUUUUUUCCAUCCCUGGAGGAGGAGAGGUUAAACUUGAAGAUUCCUGUGUGUGUUUUGUCCCUCUCUACCGAAAUAAUCCUACUUGCAAACUGUUGCUGUUAACUGAUCCAAAGGAUAAAGAGACAGUUUUGGCAAUUUAUUUGAGCCAGCGUUGGUGGCCUGUGGAAGAUGUUGUGAAGACGGCUGAUCCUGCUAGAGAUGGGCUUGUUUUGGUCCAGACAUUUGGAGAGAGGAUUGUCCUCUUUGUUCUGAACUGCAUUAUUUUUGGAAUGCUGGAAGGGAGUUCAGCUAAUGAUGCAUUCUUUCUACCUCACUCUGCCACCGAGCGUGCCAAGAUACUCUGGAGAAGCGGCGAGGCUGCUGCCUUUUACUCGGUCAAGAUGAAAGGGAGCCUGUGUGAUGGUACAACCAGCCAGUGUUACCUGCUGCCAGUUUUGGAUACUAUAUUCGUCCAGAGAAAGUACAGAAGAGGUGGCCUAGGGAUGAAAAUGUUGCAUGAUUUCUGUCAGUCUUUCCUGGCUGAGGAUGCCUUGGGGAUCAGCUGCCCUAUUUCUGCUGCCAUGUAUCAAGUAUGCCAGAAAUUCCUGCAAGCUCAUCCUGAGGAGCAGAAGCGACUGUGGGAAGUGGAAGCACCAGGAGAUUGGAGCCAACGAGUGAAUAUCUGGUUAAAAAUUCAGAUGGAGUCAUCCCCUUCAGGAAUUUCUCCAGAGGCUGAAGUGGGCUCUUGUAUGGAGAAGACUCCAACCAGUACACUCAGACAAUCUGAUCUGGAGCAGAUGAAUAAGAGUGUUGACUGCUUUCCUGGGGUUGGGCAAGUGACAGGAGAUGCCACGGAGAAAAAAGAUGACACAACAGCAGCAGGGACUUUAAACUCACAAAGUCCUGAAGAGGAGGACUUGGAACAAGGGGCAGGCGAUGCUCAGCAGCAUAAAGGACUCAGGAAAAGAGUAGGUCCUGGGAAAUUAGUUGGAGGCAAGGCUGCCAAACAAUUGAAGAUUACACAAUAAUUUCUAUUUCAGAAAUCAGCAGAAUUCAGUGUGAUCCUGAAAAUUGUAAUUGUUCUUAAUUUGUAACAGUGGAGAAGUUUUUUGAGGUAUGAUGAAAUUUUUUUUGCA